AUGUCCUCGCUGCGAGUGCGGGACGCCGUGGCCGCGGUCAACUUCGUCGUGUGCCAGCUCUUCGCCUUGCUCGCAGCCGUUUGGUUUCGAACGUACCUUCAUUCAAGCAAAACCAGCUCUUUCAUAAGACAUGUCGUGGCUACUCUCUUGGGCCUUUAUCUUGCAGUUUUUUGCUUUGGAUGGUACGCCUUACAUUUCCUCGUACAAAGUGGAGUUUCCUACUGCAUCAUGAUCAUAAUCGGAAUGGAGCACAUGCACAAAUAUUGUUUUGUGUUUGCUUUGGGAUACCUCAUAGUGUGCCAAAUUACUAGAGUCUAUAUCUUUGAUUAUGGACAAUAUUCUGCUGAUUUUUCAGGCCCGAUGAUGAUAAUGACCCAGAAGAUCACGAGCUUGGCCUAUGAGAUUCAUGACGGGAUGUUCCGGAAGGACGAGGACCUGACUCCGUCACAGAGAGACUUGGCUGUAAGGCGCAUGCCCAGCCUCCUGGAGUAUCUGAGUUACAACUGCAACUUCAUGGGCAUCCUGGCCGGGCCCCUCUGCUCCUACAAGGACUACAUCACCUUCAUCGAAGGCAGGUCAUACCACGUGCCGCGGUCGGGCGAGGAUGGCCGAGAAGCGCCCCCCUGCGGAGGAGCCGAGCCGUCCCCAAAUGCGGCCGUGGUGCAGAAGCUGGUGGUCUGUGGGCUCUCCUUACUGGUCCACCUGACCGUCUCGAACGCAUUCCCCGUGGAGCACAACAUCGACGCGCAUUUUCAGGCGACAGCCUCGUGGCCGGCAAAGGUUCUCUAUCUGUAUGUCUCUCUCUUGGCUGCCAGACCCAAAUACUAUUUUGCAUGGACGUUAGCCGACGCGAUUAACAAUGCUGCAGGCUUCGGGUUCAGAGGCUACGACAGACAUGGGGAAGCUCGCUGGGACUUAAUUUCCAACUUGAGGAUUCAGCAAAUAGAGGGGUCCACCAGCUUCAAGAUGUUUCUCGAUAACUGGAACAUCCAGACGGCGCUGUGGCUCAAAAGGGUGUGUUACGAACGGACCACCUGGAGCCCCACCGUCCAGACGUUCGUGCUCUCCGCCAUCUGGCACGGGGUGUACCCCGGCUACUACCUGACCUUCCUGACCGGGGUGCUGAUGACGACGUCGCUCCGACUAAGCGAGCCGCCGGCCAAGCGAGCGCCGGCCAGGGCAGAAGCUGCCUUUAUGAGGAGUAACUUCCGACAUUACUUCCUCAAGUCCCCGCAGCUGAAGCUGCUGUACGACGUCGUCACCUGGGGAGCCACCCAGGUGGCUGUGAGUUACACGGUGGUGCCCUUCGUGCUGCUCUCCGUCAAGCCGUCCUUCGCGUUCUACAGCUCCUGGAGUUACUGCCUUCACAUUGCCGGCCUCUUAGUAUUGUUGUUCUUACCCGUGAAAAAGACCCAGAGAGGACAGGACCCACACGAACACAGGCGGCUGUCGCAAUCCAAAAAGUUUGACGAAAAUUCUUGGGGACAGAAUAGUUUUCCCACAACAAACAAUGUGUGCAAUCAGGGUCCAGCACGAGCCGCCAGACACCCAUCGGGAACGGAGUGACGGGAACCCGAGGGCUGUGUUCUGUAUGUUAACAGCGACCGAUCUUAGCACCUUCUCCAGGGGGUGGGGUUCGUUGGAAAAGAGAGUAAGUUGGGGGUGCGGGGGGGCGGGGGGGCGAAUCGGACAGUUGCUGAUAGGGAAGGCCCUGUGUACUCGAUGGGAAACGGAGUGAUACUCCCCCUCCCUCGCCAUGUUCCCGUGGGCCACGCCUUACAGAAGGUAUUUCCAUGGUCUCCGUGGGCGCUCAGGACCUCGGCGUCUGGCCGCAGGGUCCCCCGGGUGCCCUGUUGCUGAAUGUACACUGUGCGCCCCGAGGCAGCGGCGAGACGGGGACAUAACGGUGUCCGUCUGGCCGAUGGAGGGAAAUUAGCUUUUCCAAAUGAAUGUCUUGCCUUAAACCCUCUCUUCCCUCAAAUGUCGUUCCUAAAUGGUCUUUUCAACUGUAACAUUGUGAGAACUCAAUUUCAAUAUUCGAUGUGAAAUGAGCUGUGAAGGAAUUCUGGGGAAAUUGGAAACAGGAUAUUUAAGAUUGUGGGUAUUUUAAAAAUGCAAUAAACGCCUCAGUAUUUGAA